AGAGAAGUAUCAAUCAAGUAUGUAUAUAAAUAACUUAUAAUGAUCAACAACUGGCUCUAGAGCAAGCUAGCUAGCUACAAUAAUACUCGAAACCAUAUAUGGCGAUGGCAUUGACCGCAGAGACCUCACCAUCGUCAAUAAUAAUAUCUCCAAGAAAGUUAAGGGAUGAUCUCCAUUACCCGUAUAAACAGACGGCCACCGCUGCCGCUGCCGCUACCGCCGCCACACCGUUAGUCAUCUCGGUGCUUGCUUCCGUGAUAGAGCGGAGAGUGGCGAGGAACGAGAGAAUUGCCAAAAGGUACAGAGGAGGAGAAGGAGGAGGAGGAAUAAGAGUAAUGUCGGCGUCUAGGGUUUUUGAGUGCCAUGAAACCCCAAACAUGAGUGUUCAGUCGUAUCUGGAGAGGGUUUUCCGGUACAUCGGCGCCGGACCGUCGGUGUUUGUGGUUGCCUAUGUUUACAUCGACCGGUUGUGCCUGCUCCAUCCCCGCUUCCGGAUUUCUCCCACCAACGUUCACCGCCUCCUCAUCACCACUAUUCUGCUCGCUUCUAAGUAUGUUGAAGAUAGGAAUUACAAAAAUUCAUACUUUGCGAGAGUUGGUGGGCUGACAAGAAUGGAAAUGAACAGGUUGGAGGUUGAGUUAUUGUUUAUGAUGGGAUUCAAGUUGCAUGUGAAUGUGAGUGUGUUCCAGAGCUACUGCUGUCAUCUGGAAAGAGAAGUCAGCCAUGGUGGAGGUUACCAAAUUGAGAGGACUCUCAGGUGUGCUCAGCAUAUCAAACCAGCUAAACAAACACAAGAAGAUCAUACACAUUUUGUUACUACCCAUCUACUAUAGUGUAUAUAUAAUGUUUUUGGCAAUUCAAUGAUAUGUGUAUUAUCCAUUUUUUCCAUUUAACAGUUAUCAUCAUAAUCCUCAUUAAAUGGACCUUCCAGGAAAAGAGUAAAAAAAAUAUUCAAUAAUAUUCUACUUUGACCAUGUUUU